AUGGUAGAAAUCGACCCUUCAGAGACUGCAGAUGCAGAUCCUUUAUCAGUUACAAAACUUGUCAGAUCUGGAAAAUUUAGCUUUAGGGGUACUUUUAGUCUUUCAAAGCCAAAAUCAACUAGCUCAAGGAGGAACAUCCAAGUUCUAGAAGCAAUUGACCACACUACCCCUACUCCCAACAUGUUUUCCCAACAGGACUAUGUGGGACAAGGGGGAAAUAUGUUGUUUUCCUCUGGAAAUGAUGCCUAUCUUUCACCUCAUGUGGGUAUAGCUGUUGCCACUCAGAACUCUGAUGUUUUUAGUGCUGGACUAUCACUUCUUGAGCUCGAAAAGAAGCUGAUUGAUUUAAAUUUAAUUUAUGUGAGCGGGAGCAGGAGGUUUUGUCAAUUAUACGGGGUAAGUUUGACAAAGAAAAGGAAGAAGUGGAUGCUAAAGCAAGUUCAAGUGUUACCGAAGACUGAUUUCAUGUCCCCUAAGCUUAGUGAUUGUCACGUAGAGGUUCAGAAGACAUGCUUGAUUGUUUUCCUGAUCAAGGCGAUAAUUCUGUAUCGAUGGAUGACCACAUCAUCUGCUGGCAGCAUGACUCCUAGGUCGCCAUUGAUGACACCAAAAACCAGCCAGAUAGACUUGUUAUUGGCAGGGAUGGGUGCCUAUUCUGAACAUGAUGACCUUCCACAGGUAGGUAAUAGGUUCUUAUUUGUUAUGAGAUAUAGAGUCGUGAUCGACCGGAGAAAGUUUGAUGCCCUGACCGUUGAGACAUUUGGAGCACGCAUAGAGAAGCUUAUUCGGGAGAAGUAUUUGCAGAUUUGUGAGAUGGUUGAUGAUGAAAAAGUUAACAUCGCAAGCACGGUUAUCGAUGAAGAUGCUCCAUUGGAGGAUGAUGUGGUACGGAGCUUGAGAACCAACCCUAUACAUUCCGGAAAUAAGGACCGCACUUCCAUUGAUGACUUUGAGAUUAUAAAACCGAUUAGUCGUGAUGAUGCAAUUGUAUAUAAAUGA